CAAAAACAAGAGGCGACCAUGGAUUUUGUCAAUCAGUUGCAAAGAAAGUUCAUUGACUACUCUUCAUCACUCCAUCGUGAGGGAAUUGUGGAUGAUCAGUUCACUCAGCUCCGAAAACUGGAAGAUGAAAACAGCCCACAUUUUGUCAUGGAGGUUGCCUCACUUUUCUUUGAAGAUUGUGAGAAACUUAUUAACAAUAUGGCCAUAGCACUUGAACAAAAACAAGGUGUUGAUUUCAAGCAAAUAGAUGAAUGUAUCCAUCAACUAAAGGGUAGCAGUUCCAGCAUAGGUGCAAUGAGGGUUAAAAAUGCAUGUAUCGCCUUUCGGAGUUUCAGCGACGCUCAAAACCGCGAAGGGUGUUUGAGAUGUCUGCAACAGCUCUCUCAUGAAUACUCCCUACUGAAGAACAAGCUUCAAACCUUAUUCCUGCUGGAGCAACAAAUAGUUGCAGCUGGUGGAUCGAUUCCAAGAGUGCAUUAAAUCACAUUUCGUAUCGUCUUCUUGAUAGAAUAAAAGGGAGAAACAUUGCAUAGAGUUGUGAAUAAAACAUGUCCAGCAUUUUCCUGCAUAAGUUGUUCAAUGUUUGAGAAUUUCAUCAAACUUUUUCGUGUUAAAUUCGAUUUGAAAUCGGGUCAGUUCGUAUCGAUGAUAAAA